GUGUACCAGCUGGUGGUUGGUGAUCUUGGCACAGGAGUGUGUAACAUGAAGCUAAAGGUGUACCGUGGCACUGGUCUUUUGAGUGAAAGCACCCUGCUGGACCUGCCCACUGGCCUGGUCUCCUUUCUCAUGGACCUGCACGAGCCACGAACGCCAGCCAUCGCUGUGGCCUCCGGUCCCUUCAUCUACGUCUACAAGAACCUGAGGCCCUACUUCAAGUUCACGCUGCCUAGUCUGGAGGUGAACCCUCUGGAGCAGGAUGUCUGGAGUCAGGCCAAGGAGGACAUGAUUGAUCCAAUGACGCUUAAGGAGAUGUUAGAAGGUUUAAGGGACAAAGCAGAAAUUCCACUCUCUGUCAGAUCACUACGGUUCCUCAUGCUUGAGCCACAGGAAAUGGAGAAUUUCGUUUUUCUUCAUAAAGAACAGCCUAUACGUAGACAGACGGUCAUUACCUGUAUAGGGACGCUGAAGAAGAACAUGGCAGAUGAGGAUGCAGUUAGCUGCCUGGUGAUUGGCACAGAGAACGGUGAUGUUUACAUAUUAGACCCAGAGGCCUUUACCAUCCUCUACAAGAUGUCACUUCCCAGUACACCUACCCUAAUGGAUGUGACGGGUCAGUUUGAUGUGGAGUUCCGUAUCACUGUGGCAUGUCGCAACGGCUACAUCUAUAUACUACGCAGGGAUUCCCCAAAGCCUAAGUACUGCAUUGAGCUGUCCUCUCACCCAGUGGCACUGGUGAGGAUGGGAAAGAAUGUAGUUAUAGGAUGCACUCAUGAGACACUGCACGGUUACACCCAGAAGGGGAAAAAGCUGUGGACCGCUUAUCUGCCAGCCCCCGUUACCACCAUGGCGCUGAUGGACCUUCCCACACGAGGUUUCCAGGCUGUGCUGGUGGGUCUGGCCAACUGUGAAGUACACAUGUACAGAGACAAAAAUCUCGUCAGCACCAUCAAGACACCAGACGUAGUGACAAGUAUUUGUUUCGGACGUUAUGGACGGGAAGACGGCACACUCAUAAUGACCACCAAAGGAGGCGGUUUGAUUGUGAAGAUCCUCAAGAGGAUGGCUGUGUUUGAUGACAGGGACUCGGCCCCUGGACCUCCAAUAGCCCAGAGCAUUCGUCUGAAUGUGCCCAAGAAGACCAAGCUGUACGUGGACCAGACCUUGAGAGAGCGCGAAAAUGCAGUUGGUUAGUGAUGCACCAAAAUAAAUUUGGUCCACAAAGCAUCUAAGUUGAAGGUUUUCAUUUAGCCAAAAACCGAAACAGUAAAAUACAGAAUUGGUAAUUACAUUUGUGGGUAACUGAAGUUGGUAUGUUGUUCUGGGUGUCGUGUUUUUAGGUGAGAAAGUAAACCAUAGAAUAGUUCUUAUUAAAGCCGCCUCUCGAUAUUUCAGCAGAACAAAUUUUACAUGUUG